ACCUUAUAGUCCACGGGUAUAAGUUGCUUUUUGAAAAACUACACUUCCAGCGUUUUCUGGAUUUGUAGCCUACAGAUCCAUAAAACGAGAGAUAGGGAGGAGCAAAAGAAUAAUGGCGUCUGUUGAAGAACCGCAGGAUAUGGAGGUUGACAGGCGAGCCGAGUCAGAGGAGUCUGGGGAUGACGAGGGGAAGAAGAAGGGACUGAACGGGGAGUCUGACCCUCAGCAGGGUACUGGAGCAAAAGAAGAGUCACCUGUUGACAUGGAAACUAUAAUUCUUGACCCCGAAGCUGAGGAUGUGGAUUUGAUUCACUGUCGAAUCGGGAGAAUAGAGGGCCUUGAGGUGCUCCAAAAGGCAAAGAUACUGAGCCUGCGUCAGAACCUGAUCAAGCAGAUUGAGAACCUGGAGGAGCUGGGCUCUCUGAAUGAGCUGGACCUCUACGACAACCAGAUCAAGAAGAUUGAGAACCUCCAGGCCCUCUCAGAACUUGAGAUCCUGGACAUCUCCUUUAACAUUCUGCGCAGGAUGGAGGGGCUGGAGCGCCUGACUAAACUGCGGAAGCUCUUCCUCAUGAACAACAAGAUCAGCAAGAUUGAGAGCCUGGGACACCAGCAGCAGCUGGAGAUGCUUGAGUUGGGCUCCAACAGAAUCAGGGUCAUAGAGAACAUUGACAACUUAUCACACCUGGACAGUUUAUUUCUGGGGACAAACAAGAUCACAAAGUUACAGAAUCUCGAUGGACUCACCAACCUGACAGUCCUAAGUAUACAGAGUAACCGCAUCACCAGGAUAGAGGGUCUGCAGUGCUUGAUGAACCUGCGUGAGCUUUACCUCAGCCACAAUGGGAUUGAGGUCAUUGAGGGGCUGGAAAACAAUAAAAAGCUGACCACAUUGGAUAUUGCAGCAAAUAGAAUAAAGAAAAUUGAAAAUAUCAGUCAUCUAACAGAGCUUCAAGAAUUCUGGAUGAACGACAACCAGAUAGAAAACUGGGGGGACCUGGACGAGCUUAAGAAUGCCCACGCCCUGGAGACGGUGUACCUGGAAAGGAACCCCCUACAGAAAGACCCCCAGUACCGUCGCAAAAUCAUGCUGGCCCUGCCCACCGUGCGACAGAUUGAUGCCACCUUCAUCCGCUUCUGACCUGCCAGGCCGCCCUGCCCUUCUCCUCACCCUGGGACUGAAUAUCCAGUGUCUGCACGCACACCCGGUUUAUAUCCUGCGCUUAAGCCCAAACCAAGGCCUUUAAAGACAAAGCACACCCGACCAGUUCCUGGAAUGAGCUAACAGAUGUCUCUUACUUUGCUGUGUCCGCUUAUUUAUUAAAUCAUUAAUACAUUCUAACCAAACCCAGCAUAAGAAAUAUGCCUGCCUAGUGCUCUGCUGCUUGAUGAGGUUGUGCGUAUUUUCAUUCCCAGAGAUUAGUGUCCACAGACCCCUACUGAGCAUGGUGAGCAGGUUCAUAAAGGAAGGACUGGUCCCUGGGGAGCAGGGGGGGGUGUCGGCCUUAAAGAACAUUGGGGUUUUCUUUUUUCAGUUAUAAUAGACAAGUUACUUGAUACUGUUUCUAUUUUCUGUGGAAUCCGAACAUUUGUUUUCAAAUAAGACUGCUUCAAGAAACUGAACUGACAUUUGAAAAAAAGAAAAGGUGCACUGAAAGAAUUCUCAGCUAUUGCUAGCCAGGAAAAGCGUAUAGAUAUGCAGCAAACACAGUUUUAUGUAAAAGCACAACUUUUAGGAAACAAAGCAGAAAUUGAUUGUAAUGAACAAACGUAAUAGAAAAAAUACACAAGGAUGAACUGUAUGCAGUGUAAACACCUGUAGGGAAGGAAAGAUAACUACUCCGAAUAAGUCAAGGAAAGUUACCGCCAUGCAGCACAGCUGUCUUAUGUAUGCCCAUAUGAAACAUCUUACGGCAUUUUCAGUACGGUACAGUAAAAGACACUGAAACUACAGUACUGAAUUAGUCUUAGGGUUAUCUUUCUGUAUAAUAUAGUGUUUAAAAAUCCUACAUUAAAUGAUCAGUUUGAAACAGUUCUUUUAGAGACGCGCUGAUCAUUUUUAAAAUAUCAAGCAGUAAAAGUAAGACUGAUGAACAAGGAAAUUUCCUUCUCCAACUCCAAUUUCUAGGUAACUACUGUAUGUCUCAAAGAUAUAUAUAUAUAUAUAUAUAUAUAUAUAUAUAUAUAUAUAUAUAAGGGAUACACAUUUCAGAAUCAACACUAAUGAAGUCCUUAUCCAUUUAGUUUGUCUGCUUGACUUGUAUUCAGAGGUAAAAUUUAGGUAAACAAAUAAAUACAUUUUGAGUGCCCAAUUAUUUUACCCCCAAUUUUCUCCCCAAUUUACAAUGCAAUUAUUUUCCACUCACCGCAGCAAAAAAGCUUGAGCUUGUUCUGACAAGACACAGCACUGUGAUUAAUCAGAUUUGCACUUACCAAUUUUAGGAGACGCUGCAUGGGUCAGGACUUAUGAUCAACACUUUUCUUCACUAAAUGUAUUAUUGCGUGUGUUUAUUUUGGAUUGAUGGUAAAAUAAAUAUGCAAUUUUAAAAGUUCUGUGAAUGAAAGUGACAGUCAGUAGCAACAAUGCCUUCAGACAGAUGACUAUAAACAAGGUGUAUAGGGUGUCAGUUCUUGGGACCAACUCAAGAAUCACAUUUAAAAAUAAAAUCAUUUACCUUCUAUGAAA